GGAAGGGGAAGAAGGGGCCUCAUCGCAACCUGAAUGCGGGGCUUACGUGCGAUAGGAUUCCAAGCCCCGCUGGUCCGUUGCGCUCGAGGGCACAAAUUGUUGGGCCCAUUUCGGUUUGGUGGUUGUACUGAUAGAUUGAGCUUUUAACUGACGAUCGAAACAAAGGAGAGCUUGCAAAUAUUGCGGGUUUUUUCUGGGUUCCUUUGAUGUUUUUGUUUUAGGGUUUUUGCAUUUGCGCAAGGCUUUCACAAUGUCUCACGUGAAGAUGACACUGGAGGAGCUGGAGAAGUACCGAGAGCGGUGGCAGAGUUGGAACAGCAAGGAUUUCGACCCUAACCUCGUGGUUGAGAUAUACAAGAAUGAGCUCAAUGUGGCGACGUCUUCGCAGAGGGUUAGGGUUUUAGAGAUUAGCCAGUAUUUGGAGAAUUAUUUGUGGCCGCGGUUUAAUGCGGAGACUGCGUCGCUGGAGCAUGUCCUUUCGAUCAUUUUGAUGGUGAAUGAGAAGUUUAGAGAAAAUGUUCCGGCCUGGGCUUGUUUUCAUGAGCGUGAGGAUGUAUUUCCUGCAUUUUUCAAUCGGGUCCUGUCUUUGAAGGAUGACAAGGAGGCACGGGCGAUGAGCAUACGAGAGAAAACAAAUUACCUCCUAUUUAUGAUUCACUGUUUUCAGAGUUUGGAGGAUGAGAAGGUCCGUAUUCCGGUUUUGAAAUUGGUUUCGUUGCCUCUUUGGCAUAGCCUGUCUCCUGGGCGUGUCAGGAUGGAGUUUUGUCAGCAUCCUCAGCUGCUGGAUCACUGGAGAAAACUGCUUAAGCGAGAGGCACGAGAGGGAAAACGUGGAGGUGCUAUUAAUGUCAAGGAGAAGCUAGAAGUGAGAUUUCUACCGAACUUGCUGGAAGAGUUUUUGGACAUACUACAAUCUUCUGUGCGGUCUGAAACAGAUGAAGACCAUGAUAUGGAGGGUGAGGGGGAAAGUACUCCUGCCGUGGACUUUGAUUCUCAGUUGUUCUGUGAACGUUUUGCAGAGUUUCUCAUCGACCUACUGAGUCAACUUCCAACCAGGAGAUUUGUUAGGGCUUUAGUGGAGGAUAGAGCGAUUGUUGUAAAGAGCAGAUUGAGUGCCCUGUAUGCGCAUCCACGUGGGGCCUUGUUCCGGCAGCUUAUCGAUCUUCUUGAAUUUUACCAAACCUAUGAAAUCAACGAUCAAACAGGAACGCAGUUUAGCCCAGAGGAUGUGGAGCUUAAUCAUAGCUCCCGCGUGCAUGCUCUGCAGCUUCGUUUAUUCAAGUCGGUUCCAAAACUUCAGUCCUUGGCACUUUCCAAUGUUGGUUUCGUAGAUAAGAGGAAUCAGCUUAGCAAGGCGAUAUCUUUGCUGAGUGCCGAGGAGCUCAAGGAUCUGGUUUGCAGAAAUUUACAGCUAGUGUCGUCCGAAGACCCAUGGACUGACAGGGUUGAUUUUUUGAAAGAGCUUCUCGUGACGUCGUUCGAAAGGCGGCAAUCCCAGAGAGAAUCAAUUAAUGCAUUGCCCCUGUACCCAAAUGAGAAAGUGAUGUGGGAUGAAAAUCUAGUCCCAAGCAUCAAUUAUACAGGCGCAGGGCCCCUUGCAUUACCAAAGUUAAACUUACAGUUCCUUACUCUUCAUGAUUAUCUGCUUCGUAAUUUCAAUCUUUUUAGAUUGGAAUCCACUUAUGAAAUCCGAGAGGACAUACAUGACGUUUUGAAGCGGAUGGGUGCACGGUACGGUGAUGAUGGUGAAACGGUUUUCUCCGGCUGGGCCAAAAUGGCAAACCCAAUCAAAAGUUUCAAGAUUACGGAAGUAAAGGCUGCUAAAAUAGGUGAAAACAAACCAGCGGCAGUAAUCGCAGAAGUUGGCUUCACCACCAAAGGAUUGAGAGGAGACAAUCGGUCAGAAUGGGACGCUUUGAAGGAGCAUGAUGUCUUGUUCUUACUUACUGUCAGAGUUCCAUCAUCCAUUUUAGGCAAAGAGGAGUUGGCCAAAUUAAGUAUCCCUGAACAGUUUGGUCUUCAGUUUGUGCGGGGUUGUGAGGUUAUUGAAUUGCAUGAUGAAGAAGGGACACUCAUGAACGAUUUUACUGGAAGGAUAAAGCGUGAGGAUUGGAAACCACCUGCUGGUGAAGCAAGGACUGUUGUUGUAAGCCUUGAUAAUGUGCAGUAUCAACUGGAUAUGAAUGCAGCUGCAAGUGGAGAUCUGGAUACGAAUGUUUACGAGACGUUCAAUCUUUUGAUGCGGAGAAAGCCAAAAGAGAACAACUUCAAGGCUAUAUUAGAGUCCAUUCGAGAUCUGAUGAAUGAGGACUUGAUUGUGCCAACGUGGUUGCACGAUAUUCUUCUUGGGUAUGGUAACCCUGCUUCCGCUCAGUGGAAAAACAUGCCUGAUCCUCUCGAGCUGGUAGAUUUUAAGGACACGUUUUUGGAUGCUCAACAUCUUAGAGAGAGCUUUCCUUCGUGUGACGUGCAAUUUGUGACCCAAGAUGGUGAUGAAGAUCUCACACCCAAACCACCGUUUCAUGUGAUAUUGCCCAAGAGUACAAGUGGAGGUAACAAAGUUAAGUCGGGUAAGAGAAAAGGAGCAGAUGUAAGUGCAGAUGGUGCAGCAGAUCCCACUUCCGAAAGGCAGAAAGUUGUGGCGAAGGCCUAUGUGCCUCCAGAUCCUGGCCCUUACCCACAAGACCAACCGAAGCAGAAUACUGUGAAGUUUACACCUGUACAGGUAGACGCUGUUAUUUCAGGAGUGCAGCCUGGCUUGACCAUGAUUGUUGGUCCACCAGGAACUGGGAAGACAGACACAGCCGUGCAGAUUCUGCAUCUGCUGUAUCAUAACUGUCCAAUGCAGCGAACAUUGAUCAUUACUCACUCCAAUCAGGCUCUAAAUGACCUCUUUGAGAAGAUCAUGCAAAGGGAUGUUCCAGCUAGGUACUUGUUGCGUCUUGGUCAGGGAGAGCAAGAAUUGGACACGGAUCAUUCCUUUAGUCGUCAAGGACGUGUGAAUGCCAUGUUGAAACGGAGAUUGGAUUUGCUGUCUGAGGUGGAGAGAUUGGCAAAGACAUUGAAGGUGCCAGAAGAUGCUGCAUAUACUUGUGAGACAGCAGCAUAUUUUUGGCUUCUGCAUGUUUUGUCGCGAUGGGAAGAGUUUAUGGCAGGAUGUGCAGAAUCACGUGAUCCGGGCGUUGUCAAGGAGAGGUUUCCAUUUAAGGAAUACUUCAAUGAUACCCCGCGGCCCCUUUUCUCGGGGACAUCCUAUGUUCGGGACAUGGAGGCAGCCAAAGGAUGCUUCCGGCACCUAAAAACUAUGUUCCAAGAACUUGAAGAAUGUCGUGCAUUUGAGUUAUUGAAAUCAACGGCUGAUCGUGCCAACUAUUUGAUGGCAAAGCAGGCCAAGAUUGUCGCCAUGACAUGCACCCAUGCUGCUCUGAAAAGACGUGAUUUCCUGGAUCUAAAUUUCAAGUACGAUAAUCUGUUGAUGGAGGAAAGUGCUCAGAUUUUAGAGAUUGAGACAUUUAUUCCCAUGCUGCUGCAGCGACACACGGAUGGCCGUGCCCGAUUGAAGCGCUGCAUCCUUAUUGGUGACCAUCACCAGCUUCCUCCAGUGGUGAAGAACCUGGCUUUUCAGAAGUACAGUCAUAUGGAUCAAAGUCUAUUUACUCGAUUUGUGAGGUUAGGGGUCCCGUACAUCCAAUUGAACUCUCAGGGCAGAGCACGGCCCAGCAUCGCAAAACUUUACAACUGGCGAUACAAGGAACUUGGAGAUCUUCCCAACGUUCUGCAAGAUCCUGCAUACCAUUUGGCCAAUGCUGGUUUCAGCUAUGAGUAUCAGCUUGUUAAUGUGGAGGAUUACGAAGGAUUUGGAGAAACUGAGCCUGUUCAAUACUUCUAUCAGAACCUGGGUGAGGCUGAGUACGUGGUGAGUGUGUUCAUGUACAUGCGGUUGCUUGGCUACCCAGCAGAGAAAAUCUCUAUCCUGACUACAUACAAUGGUCAGAAGCAACUCAUUCGUGACGUUAUUGCUAGGAAGUGUAGCAACAACCCUCUAUUUGGUCGGCCUAGCAAGGUGACAACUGUUGACAAAUUUCAGGGUCAGCAGAAUGACUUCAUCUUGCUAUCUCUAGUGCGCACGAAAGUUGUAGGUCAUCUUAGGGAUGUGAGAAGAUUAGUUGUGGCCAUGUCACGUGCCCGUCUUGGACUGUAUGUGUUUUGCCGGCGUUCUCUGUUUGAGAAUUGUUAUGAGCUUCUGCCGACGUUCCGUUUGCUCCUUCAAAGACCAGUUGAUCUGUCCUUGGUUUUGGACGAGCCAACUCAACCAACUCAGCGACCUGUCCAUCAAAUAGGAGGGGCUUAUCCUGUGAGAGGCUUACAGGAGAUGGUCCACAUUGUUCAAGAUGUGUACCACCGGAAGACAGCGGUUAUGGGUGCGUACCCUAUUGGUUAGUAAGACCCAGGUUUUUUAGAAGGCUAGGGUAGGAUACUGUAUUCAAAGACCUUGUAGUUCAUCGUGUAAAUCAUUUUCUUGAUUACAUCAACUCUUUUGGUAUA